AUGGCGUCCUCCGAUCUCACAAAGCCCGUCCUGGACGCGCUGUCCGCGUCCGACGAGCCUAUCUUGUCCACCGAUGCCUUCCCCUCCCACCCCUCAUCGAAUGUCAAAAGUGCGCUGGACCGCCUCGGCUCGCGACAGAUGAUCGAAUAUGAAACCCUCGAGAAAGAAGUCUACGUGCUUACUUCGGAGGGUGACGAGAUUGCCGCCAAUGGCAGUCAUGAGGCCAAGGUCUUCGCGGCCGUGGUGGCUGCCAUGGACGGCCUCAAGAUUAGCGAUCUCCCUGGUGUGGUGGGCAAGGACAAUGCCAAGGUCGGCCAGGGCAAUGCCUUCAAGCGCGGUUGGAUCAAAAAGGACAACGACAAGCUGCGGGCAGUGAAGGAGUCAAUUGUCGACGAGACUCGGGAGCAGCUGCUCACCGUACAAAAGACAAAGGGUCUGGGUGACGCCAAAGCGCUCGCAGACCUGAAGCGAAGGAAAUUGGUCUCUGUCACCAAGGAUAUCGCCUACAAGAUCUCCAAGGGUCCCAAGUACGCUCGCGAGUUUGUCAAGGAGGAGACCGACCUCACUCCCGAGAUGCUCGCCGAUGGCUCGUGGAAGACCGUGCACUUGAAGCCCUACAACUUCAACGCCAAGGGUGCCAUCACUCCUGCCGGUGCGCUGCAUCCCUUGAACAAGGUGCGACAGGAAUUCCGCAACAUCUUCUUCGAGAUGGGAUUCGAGGAGAUGCCUACCAACCGCUUCGUCGAGACUGGCUUCUGGAACUUUGACGCCCUGUUCGUGCCCCAACAACAUCCUGCCCGUGACCUCCAAGAUACCUUUUACAUCGCCGAUCCUCUCAAGGCCGACCCCCCUCGUGAGGAACCCUCAAAUGACCCGCACCGCCCCAAGACCUCCCAGCCUGGCUCCAACGCGACGGAACAAAAGCCUUUGGACUACCAACAGUAUUGGGACAACGUCCACGAGGUCCACGAGCACGGCAAGUUUGGCUCCAUCGGCUAUCGAUACCCCUGGGACGCAGACGAGUCACUGCGUCUGGUCCUCCGUACCCACACCACCUCUAUUUCGGCGAACGUGCUGCACAAGCUCGCCGCCAACCCGCGGCCGGCCCGCUACUUCAGUAUUGACCGAGUCUUCCGAAAUGAGGCCGUUGAUGCCACUCACCUGGCAGAGUUCCACCAGGUUGAAGGUGUCAUUGCCGAUUUCGGUCUCACUCUGGGAGGCUUGAUUGGCUUCAUGGAGGUCUUCUUCCACAAGAUGGGUAUCCACCAGCUGCGCUUCAAGCCCGCCUACAACCCCUACACUGAGCCCAGCAUGGAGAUCUUCGGUUACCACGAGGGUCUCGGCAAGUGGGUAGAAAUUGGUAACAGUGGAAUGUUCCGACCAGAGAUGUUGGAGUCAAUGGGUAUCCCCAAGGAUAUGCGAGUGUAUGGCUGGGGAUUGAGUUUGGAGCGCCCAACCAUGAUCAAAUAUGGCGUUAGCAACAUUCGUGAGUUGCUUGGACACAAGGUUGACCUGAACUUCAUCGAAACCAACCCUGCCGUUCGUCUGGAGAAGGAGUAA